AUGAACAAGAAUUUCACCAAUCCUCUCAAAAUCCAUGAUGGUACUUGGUUAGUCUCUAAAGGGUCAUGGUCAUCUACAUGGAGGAGUGUGGCGUUGGCUAUCAAGGACGUAAUCAUACUGGGGCAUGGUUGGGUCGUCAGAGAUGGUCGAAGCAUCGCCUUCUGGAAAGAUAAGUGGCUUAUGGGUACCCCCCUGUGUGAAGCGUCUAUUGUGGAGAUCCCACCAGCGAGCUUAUCUAUGAAGGCCAGUGAUUUAUGGUUAAACGGGACAGGAUGGGACCUUCAAAGGAUUGCAUCAUAUGUAUCGGAGGAAACGAGACUGGAUUUGGCGGCUGUGGUGGUAAACACGAGUUCAGGGAGACCGGACAUGGUCUCUUGGGGAGAAACGGCCGAUGGUAACUUUACGGUAUCAUCAGCGUACCGUUUCUUAACAUGGGAUGAGUCCUUUACACCUGAUAUGAGCAAUCUCUUUAAGCGGGUGUGGAGAGUACGAGCACCGGAGAGAGUACCGGUGUUCUUUUGGCUGAUCAGUAACCACGGAAUCAUGACGAAUCAAGAAAGGUUCCGAAGACACAUUGGAGAUACUGAGAUUUGCCAAGUCUGCAAGGCUGGGGUUGAGUCCAUUUUACAUGUGGUACGAGACUCUCCUGCAAUAUCAGGAAUAUGGCAGCGCAUCGUUUGGAGAGGUAAGCAUCGUAUCUUCUUUGCUCUGCUGCUCUAUGAAUGGUUGUAUGAGAACUUGUGUGAGGAAGCUGAGACAGGAUUCGGCCCAUGGUCGACCAUGUUUGCUGUCACUGUGUGGUGGGCAUGGAAAUGGAGAUGUGGCAAUAUUUUUGAAGAUGGUAAACUUUGGAAGGAUAGAGUGAAGUUUUUGAGAGAAUAUGCAAGAGAAGUGCAUCAAGUAAUGUCGAAGAGCGAGAAUGGGCAAUCAAGGCACAUAGAGGAGAUAAUGAUUUCGUGGCUGCCACCAUUAGUGAGUUGGAUGAAAUUAAAUACAGAUGGAGCAUCACAUGGUAAUCCAGGAUUGGCCACGGCGGGAGGAGUGAUCCGCAACGGUGAUGGAGAAUGGUGUGGUGGUUUCGCGUUGAACAUUGGACGCUGUACGGCACCGAUGGCGGAAUUAUGGGGAGUUUAUUAUGGGCUCUAUAUGGAAAGGGGAUCCGGAGACUCAAAGUCGAGGUGGAUUCUUCUUUGGUGGGAGGCCAAUCGUCUAGCUGAUGGAUUAGCGAACUAUGCUUUUGAACUACCGUUAGGGUUCCACUUGUUUGAUUUUGUUCCUCCGGAUUUGUUGGUUGUGUUGCGUGAUGAUGAGCAUGGAGUCUCGUGGUCACGGCAAGUUCGCAUGGGCCAUGCUAAUCUUCUCUGUAUCGUUCCAAUUUUAUCGGAUGUCCCCGAAGGGACUUCUGUUAUUAGCUUAUUGGUGAAAAUGGUCCGAGAGACCUCAGAAUCCCCAUUGGCGCAACGAUCUAUGAUGCUUGCGGGACAGGGGUUUGGUCACUGGCCAGCCCGUGUUCAGAGAGAGCACUGUCACUUCAUGUCUUUCUCACAACACUUACUCUGCCUCUGGAUCCUCUUACUGAAGACUCUUACAGAUGGUGUAUUGGUGAUGUCGAUUUGCCGGACUUUAAUUCCGCAAAAACUUGGGAUAUCCUACGAUCAAGGGAACAUGAGAAACCUUGGGCUUCUUCAGUUUGGUUCAAAUGUGCUACUCCUAGGAACUCUUUCACAAUGUGGACUGCACCUCUGGAUCGUCUUCCAGUUCGUAGCAGGCUUGUCUCCUGGGGAAUGCAGAGACUAUCUGUUUCAAACAGUGUAUUUUCUUCAUGGGAAGACCUUAUCAUCUGGACAACUAGGAGCCGUAAUGCUUCCCCUUCAAUGGCUUUUGAUCUAUGCAAUCUGGAGGCAGAGAAAUAACUUCCUUCACAACGUCAUUCCAAUCCCGCUGCUCACCAUCUUCAAAGACAUUGACCGGCAGAUCAUUAACUCCAUCAACGCAAGAAGAUCCAGGAAGAAUUUCCGGAAUCUCAUGGGCUUAUGGCUCACUUGA